CGAUAUCGUAGGAAAAACAGAUAACCUACGAUUUCCUUUUUUUUCCCCCUUCAUAAAUUUCAUGAAAUAUAUGAAGAGAUCACGGUGGAUGGCGUUGGAUGAUUGCUAAGUUGUUAAAAAUUCUAAAUCGGGAUAUUCCAAGUUAAUUGGUAAAUAUGUAGGUACAUGUUACUAUCAGUAACUAUAUUAACCUGUUGGACAUCUGUCUUUCUCCCUAGUCCGGAGCUUUUCCGAAUGCACCUGUCAAACGUGUUUUAAAAGCUACCUUUAUCUAGAAAAAUGUGUUUCCGGCAGCGUCUCUCAAUCGUUUAACGAGAUGUCGGAUUCGAAUUCGCCGAAAACAGAUGCGAGCAGCCCAAGCCUCUCAGGAAAUUUGCGACAAUUCCGAUUCCAAAAGAAACAACUGAAACCAUUAAACAUGUCGGAUGAUGACAGUAAUCAUGUAGGAUCUGACAUACAAUUUCGACGCAAAGCAGUCAAUGUAAUUGAGGAUAGUGAUAGUGACGUAGGCAGUGCUUCUAAAACUACACAUUCUACAGUACGCAAAAAUAAGGAAAUGCAUAUCAACUCAAAAUGGAAUAGCGAUGAUGGGGAAGAAGUUGUUAAGAAUAAGAGAAAAAGAAGUUUGAAAGGCACUCCUAGGGGCAUGAAGAAAAAGAAAAGAAAAAUUAACAGAGAUGAAGAUGUAGAUAUUGAUUCUGAUGAAGAAAGUUUUAACAAAGAAAAAGUAUUUGAUAGCGAUGAAGAUUCUGAUAUGGAAAUAUCUAAUGAUCUCACUGGUGAUAAAAAAGCAGUUCUUGAAUUUAUGCAAAAUUCUCAUAUAUCAGAACUGCUUUUGAUGUCACAGUGCUCUCAAAAGAAAGCAAAUGCUAUUAUAGAAGCAAGACCAUUCGAAGAUUGGAGAGACAUAGUUCAAAAAUUCCAAAAUAAUAGAUAUUUAGAUACAGAACUAUUGAACUCAGCUCAAGAAUUACUGGCUACAAGGAAUACAGUGGAAGCUUUGAUGAAGAAAUGCCUUCGUUUGUCUUCAAACUUAGAAAAGGCUGUAGCUGCAGGAGUUUCAGCUAUUACAAAGCAGCCAAAAGAAUUGUCGCCAAGCUUAACAUUGGCUCCUUAUCAAAUGGUUGGCUUGAACUGGUUGGCUGUGAUGCAUGCACAGAAUGUGAAUGGUAUACUAGCAGAUGAGAUGGGCUUGGGUAAAACAGUACAAGUAAUAUCUUUCCUCACUUAUUUAAAAGAGACUGGUCUCAGAGAUGAGAAAGAUGGGCCCCAUUUAAUAGUUGUUCCUAGCUCAACAAUGGAAAAUUGGAACAAUGAGCUGGAGAGGUGGUCACCUGGCUUGAAAGUUAUACAAUACUAUGGUUCUCAAGAAGAGAGAAAGGAGAUGAGACUUGGUUGGCGAAAUGGUGAUCUAGAUGACGUUGAUGUUCUAUUAACAACGUAUAAUUUAAUUAGCAGUACGCCAGAAGAACGGAGACUAUUCCGAGUUAUGCCGAUUGAUUAUGUUGUCUUCGACGAGGCACACAUGUUGAAAAACAUGAGUACUAUCAGAUACGAAAACCUCGUCCGCAUCAAUGCGAAACAUCGAAUUUUGUUAACUGGAACACCCUUACAAAACAAUUUAUUAGAAUUGAUGUCACUUUUAAUAUUUGUGAUGCCAUCGUUAUUUGCUGGAAAACAAGCCGAUUUAAAGAGUUUAUUUUCAAAAAAUCCAAAGCUACCGUCAGUAAAAAACAACGGCGAAAAACCGCUGUUCGAGCAAGAGCAAGUUAAAAAUGCUAAACAAAUUAUGAAACCUUUUGUACUUCGUCGAUUAAAAUCCGAAGUUCUCCGAGAUUUGCCUCAAAAGAGUGAACGUGUAAUAAGAGUUCCGAUGACGGAGAAACAACAAAAAAUGUAUAGGAAUUUGAUAGCGGAAUUUUCAGCGGAAGCGGAUCAAAGCUCGGAAGUGAAUGGAAUAGGGAUGAUGAUGCAGCUACGGAAAUUGGCUAAUCAUCCGUUACUAGUGCGAGAUUAUUUCAACGAAUCCAAGCUAAAAGUAAUAGCAAGCAGACUAGCAAAAGAGCAUGGGUACAAACAAAAGAAUCCGGAGUACGUAUUCGAAGAUCUACUAUGGAUGUCUGAUUAUCAGAUAAAUCAGUUGUCAAGAACAUAUAAGAGUUUAGCUGGACUUGGUUUACCACAAGAACUCAUUCCUGAGGCUGGCAAAUUAAAAGUGUUGGACGAAUUAUUGCCAAAAUUCCAAGAUGAAGGCCACAGAGUGUUAAUUUUCAGCCAAUUCACAAUGGUACUAGAUAUUUUAGAGGAGUACCUAACAAUCAGAGGAAAAACAUAUUUAAGAUUAGACGGAAGUACACCGGUAACAGAUAGACAAUUUUUAAUAAACCAGUAUACGGAGGAUGAAAGUAUAUUUAUAUUUUUAUUAUCAACGAAAGCUGGAGGCUUAGGGAUCAAUUUAACAACCGCGGAUACUGUUAUAAUACAUGAUAUUGAUUUCAAUCCGUAUAACGAUAAGCAGGCGGAAGAUCGUUGCCAUAGAGUAGGCCAAACAAGACCCGUUAAUAUAAUUAGAUUAUUAAGCGAAGGCACUAUAGAAGAAGGCAUGUAUGAGAUAGCACAGGAUAAAUUGCAUCUUGAAGAACAGAUCACACGUAACGAAGAAAAUGAGAGCCAGGAUAAGAAGAGUGUACUAAAGCUACUUAAAAUGACAUUAGGUCUAGAACACAACAGAUCUCUAUCAUUGUCUCCAACAAAGAAUGCAAAAACCAGCAACGGAACAUUAAACAACGAAGGGGCGAGCGACGUAGAAUUCUAAAUGUAAUCUUUAUACUCAAACAGAUUUUGUACUAGUUGAAAAUUUAACGUCGAUUUUGUAAGUGUGAUCUUCAAAUUUUUGAUACAGUACUGUUGCAAUUGCAUAAGCGAUAUCGGACUUGUAAAUUUAUCUCGCGUAUUUCUUUCAGAAUAUGCGUAUAAGAUAUUGUUCGCAAUUGCAUGAACACAGUUUGAAUCAGUUACACAUAGAAAUUGUUUAUAUGGAUUAUUAAUAUUAUUUUGUAUAUCACGUAUAAAACCAUUCUUGUAUUUAUACACGUAUACAUUUAGGUAGAAUUUUAAUUGUAACUUCUUUUGUGUUUUGUGCAUACGUUCAAAUAUUUAUACAUAUAUGUAGUAUGUGUUUAGGCAAGUACAUAUUGAGAAUUGCACAAUGUAUACAGGAAAACGAGUGAAAAAAUCAAGAAAUAAGAACAACAAAAUGUUUCUAUUAAAAAUAGCCGCAUAAUGUGAA